GCACAAUAACACAUCUUUGAAUUGGAAAAAAAAAAUCUCGUGGUCAGCACCUUUUACACUCGUCUUCUCCGAGCACAAACCCUAACUCUCUGCAAGAAAAUUUGCUCGGCAACAAUGGUGAGAAGCAAAAUUGCUAUACCACAGAAGUUCAAUCACUCUAAGGGCUCCAAACCGCAGCCCUCCUGGUUCAAGAAGUAUUGCCAAGUCCGCAAGAAACUUCAAGAAACAAGAGAGGACGAGGAACCAGUGGUGAAUCCAGGGUCUCCAGCAAGUAUCCCUCACAUGCAGCAGCAAGAAGAUGAUGUAGCACAUCUUCAACCUUCAAAUCUACCACAGGUGCUGCUCAUCGAAUAUCACAAGUCUGAGGAGGAAGCAGAGACCGCUGAAGUGCCGAAAUCUGAGCUAGCACCACCCACCGAUGGACCAACUCAGCCUCCACCAGACGCACCAGUUCAAGAAGAUGAAGAGUUCAUUCAAAUCUUGGAUGAAGAUCCUCUUGUGGAAGUCUCAAAAGUCCCUUUUCAAGAAGACUCUGCAGCGAAGAAGAGCAAAAAGAAAGUGAUUUCCAGCAUAGUCCCUCAACGAAGAUCUAAGAGAAAAUUGAAGCUGAAGGAAGACUCAAGUUCAGAAGCACCACCCCAGAAGAAGCAGUCUACAUCAUCUACUCCUAUGAUUUCUGCAGCAGAUGUCACACCGGUGAUCAUGCUCUUUGCAGCUGAGAAAUACAAGGUCAACUCCAUUGGGCUUCCCUAUCCAACACUUCUCUACAGACUAUUGAUCUCCCAGGGUUUCAACAAAGAUGAAGGGGAGGAGGAGGAAAAAGAAGAGCCACCACUCCAAGUGGACAGCAGACACAUGGAGGGAAAGCACUACAAUGACAUGGAGGUUGCUGCUUCAACAACUACAAAACACAAGGAGACACCCUCUUUGGUGAGAUUCUUGGAGCAGAAACUGAUGCAGGUUAAGGAGGAGCUAGCCAGGACUUUACAGCUGAAAGAUAAACUGGAGAUUGAGAAGGAUCAGUUGGUGGUGUUGCUGCGCCAGGCUAGAGACUCAGCAGAGGAGAUCAUUGAGAGCACUCAUUCUGAUGAACAGGAGAGUCACACUGAGGGGGAGAGAGUAUGUGUUUUGCUCACUUGUGACUUGCUUGUGGAUUUCACUGUUUUGUUUGGGUUUGUUGCUGUUGGAUUUGCUCUAUGGUCUCUUUGAAACAUUCUAUUGUUCUUUAUGAUCUAUGUUUGCUAUUAUGCACUCCAUUGUCAAGUGUUGUCUCCUGCGCAUGGGUCUAGUGACGGAUGUAUGUACAGCUCUAUGUCUUCGCUCCAAACCUUUUCAAUAAAAUUUGGCAUUUUUU